AUGGUGAAGAGUGGUCAACAAAAGGUACAAGCAUUGACAUGUCCAUCACCAUCAUCAUCCUUGAAGAAGAAGUACAAGGGUGUGAGAAUGAGAAGCUGGGGUUCUUGGGUGUCCGAGCUUAUUAGGGCACCUAAUCAGAAAACAAGGAUUUGGUUAGGGUCUUAUUCUACAGCAGAAGCAGCAGCAAGAGCCUAUGAUGCUGCACUGCUAUGCCUCAAAGGUUCCCCCGCAAAUCUCAACUUCCCACUCACACCCACUCAUCGUUACAUCCCUGAUACCAUUAUGUCUCCUAAGUCCAUACAAAGAGUGGUCCGCGCCGCCGCCGCCGCCUCCCCACCAAUAUCUCCAACGCCACCCUCCACAUCCUCAUCUUCAUCUGUUACAUCACCAUCUGAUCAAGUACUCGAUGAUGAAGUAUCAGUGAUGCAAUCACUUGAGCCUAUUUCUAUGGCGGAGCCAUGGUACAACUCCUUUGAUUGCCUGCAAUCUCCAAAGUACAUUGAUCAGAUGUUCAACUUAGCGCCGUUUGAUCCACCCGCAGUGAUGAAUGAUUUUUAUGAGGAAUUGGACGAUAUUCGUCUAUGGAGUUUUCCCUAAGGCA